CUGGUCCGCGCUUAACGUGCGCAUGCGCUACCAUUUGUUUUCUUGGCCAGUUGUAUUUUGGCCAUUAGCACGUUCAGAGUUGCGCCCGCGCGUUCAGUCUCCGACAAGUGUAAAAAUCCAAUAAAUUCCGGCCAACGCAACUCUACUAAAAAAAAAUAAAUAUUGAAGUCGGUGUCUAAAACACUUUCGUCGGUUUUUGCACGAAAACGAAAGUAUCUGAGUUAAGCUUAUAACUUGAUGUUUACAUAUCACAAUACUGAAUAAAGAAGGAAAGGCAGAAGAAGCCGAUCGCAGUAACAAAUUACCUUUAAAGAUAUUGAAGACGGCCUAAAGACAAAAGCGAGUGAAAUCACCGACUACAAAGCGGGUCAAUAGCAACCUUCGUUUUAUUACGUUUCCUGAUCUGAUCGUCGUGCCAAGAUGCCAGCGGCCAGCUCACAUCCACGUCUGUUCUUCUAUUUACUCUGUGCUGCCUCACUUUUAGCUUUUUCGAAAUCGGACACCGUGCAAAUACAACCACCAUCCGAAGACUUGGCAUACGACGCUGCUUUACAGCUUGGCUUAUUGAACCAUCGUCUUAAUCUACUCAGCCACGAGGAAGAGUCCAGGCAACUUAGUUUACAAAACAUAACAAUAGGUAAUUUGGUCAACCGCAUACCCUGUAGUUGUGACACUGGGCUGUGCAAGUGCUGUGCUGGUUUCCUUGCGGUAAUUGGCAUGAACAGUUGCACAGAAGUUGCGUAUCGUCCUGAUGAAUUUUCGUUUGAGUUACGCAUGCGAGUUAAUAACAACAUUUGGUUCCGGCAAAAGGUCUCCGGCCAGAAUCCACCUCCUUUCUGCUUCAGGCCGCCACGUUUUAACUUUGCCAAGGCCUGUAUUCAGUUUCAUGACAUUUGGUUUAUCGGCCGUAACAUGCACGUCUGCAUGUACAUGUCUGGGGAGUUUCAGGGCUUUGAGUUGUUCGAAAGAAACUUUGAUUGUCUUUUGUUUGGUGACCACGGAGUUAAAAUUGUUCCCCCAGAGCAAGGCUACCCCGUGAGACCGAACGACGUCGACAUUGAUGAUGGAGACGAUGAGAUCGAGGAGUAUGAUGAGAACGUAGUCCGCAGCUUGGCAGAAAAAAUGAAAAAUGAACUGCGCGUGCUAAGGACCAGAAAUUAUGGGCAGCGGCACAGCAACGUUGCGGAAACGUCCAGCGAUAACCAUAUUUUUAUCGCAACAAAUAUCCUCAAAGCCUAUUUGUACCGUAAGAUCUUUCUAUUCUAAACAAAUCAACAUUUAUUUAUAUAGACAGAAAAUUAAAAAAUAUAAACGUUCCUAUUUCCAACGUUCCUGUAUCGCCGCUAUCUCGCUGAUGCUACUUUAACAUUUCUGUUAAAAAUUAGUGCUGCAGCACUAAAAUAUGUCAUUGCUCAUAUUUAAUUAGUGUAAAGAGUCCAGACUCAAACCAUGGGUAAGAACUGUGAUAAACGUGUUCCGAAGACAAAAGCCAUGUAAAUGGAUUUUACAAAAUAAGAGUAGACGGUUAUAAUUUAUUUGUUGAAUAUGGAUCGUUUCCGCCGUCUGGUUUCAUUUGUCUGUCUGUCCAGAGAUUUGUGUUCAGCAUGCAGAUUCUUGUUAUGCCUACUCAGCGCAAGUUUAUUUCACAAAUUGCUCACGCUCACUCUUACGCGGACAAAUCGCGUAAUCAAUAUUACAAAAUUAAAGUUUAAACAUUUGAAUUUUCAAUGAUUUAAAGAUUCAGUCGUUUGAAGAACACCUUUUCUAUUAUUAUAGGUUAGCUAUUUAAAAUUACAAAUUCAAAUAUUUUUUAUCAAGGGGAUAUAUUUAUCAAAAUACUAGCCCCUCGGCGUACUUCUUAUCACCCCGAAUUAAAAUAUACGGUACACGGUUUUUAUACCCUUGCAGAGGGUAUUAUAAUUUCAGUCAGAAGUUUGCAAUGCAGUGAAGGAGAAUUCUCCGUCCCUAUAAAGUAUAUAUAUUCUUGAUCAG